AUGUUUACGGAAUUUUCUCCGAAACUAAAAUUGUUUAGGUGGAAAGUCAUUCAAGGAGCUAUUCCUUUAGGGGAGAAUCUUGCAAAACGAGGCCUCUUAGGAGACACCAACUGCCUACACUUCACAGAAGAGGAAACAACAAUACAUCUCUUUUUUCCAUUGCCCUUUUGCUGCGCAGGUAUGAAACCUAAUACCACUCAAAGAACAAGUGAACUGGUCUUCAAUUCAAAGCGUCAAAGAAGGACUAAAAUUAAGCAAGACUUGGAUCAGUCUCCCACCGUCGGGUAUUGGAACCGGAAACAUUCUUCCAUGGGUCGUUAUGGACAACAAGAAUUCUCAAACUCUUUGAAAACAGAGUGGUCUCGGCGAAAGACACAGCUACAAUGGCCAUAUCAAAUGCUCGAGAAUGGCAAGAGGCUCAACGAGAACAAAUAA